AUGUACUUGAACUCCAGGAAUUCGCAGGACCUGGAUCUGGAUCCUGACCUCGACGACGAUGGCUUCUCCAUUUCAUCAUCUUCAUGCUCUCAAGGUCACCGAUCUUCCUUCAACCUCCGCACCCAACAAGGCGGCUCCAUCUGCCUCCUCUGCUUCUCCAACCUCCUUUCCGAUCGUCUCUCUCCUACCAUCCAUGUCUCCUACGCUCUCUCUCAGCUCUCUCGUGCUCUCUCCCAACCUCUCUUCCUUCACUCCCUCCUCACCUUUCACCCGCACUUCCUUACCUCUCCUCUCGUUAAUGCCCUUUCCUCUUUCGACGAUGAACCCAUUGGUUCCCACCUCAUCCAGCUCAUUCUUUCCCUGUCUUCGGCCGACCAUCCCUCUCUUCACGGUGAUUUCCUCUCUAGGGUUUCCGAUCGCCUCUCUACUGGUUCCUUGGCUUGGAGUUGCCGCCAACUACAUAUGCUCCACUGCCUAGGGGUUCUUCUGGAUUGUCAGAAGGAUGAUCCCUAUGCUCACAUCAAAGAUACGCAUAGCCUCAUCUCCAAUCUUGUAGCAGGCCUUCAAUUGCCUUGCGAGGACAUCCGCGGGGAAAUCCUUUUUGUCCUUUAUAAAUUAUCCAUUCUUCAGACUACAACCGCAGAGGGCGAUGGAAUUGAUGCUUUAAUUUCCUUUUGUCCUAAGCUCUUGUACUUGUUAGGAGAUGCCCUCACGAAGACUCAAAAUGAUGACGUCCGCUUGAAUUGUGUUGCACUUUUGACUGUGCUGGCUCGAAGACAUUUGUUCACAGAAGCCUGUGCAUAUGAUACUAGCAGCAUGAAUUUCUCUGCAGGAGGUAAUUCCUUAGAAACAGAGAAUGGAAGCAAGAGGUCAUCUCUUUGUGCUCUGUUUGCCGAAGCCAUCAAAGGUCCACUGCUUUCGUCGAACAGUCAAGUCCAAAUCAACACGCUAGAUUUACUGUUUCAUUAUUUGUCUUCAGUAGCCACUUCAGGCGAACAUAUUCAAGUUUUGGUGGAAGAAAAUAUUGCAGAUUAUGUUUUUGAAAUAUUAAGAUUGUCCGAAUAUAAGGAUCCAACGGUCAAGACUUGUCUGCAAGUGCUAGAUCUAUUAUCAACUGCAGAGGAAGUCUUUAAGCUAAGGCUUAUUGUUGGAUUUUCAACUCUCAUUCCAGUACUACAAUACAUAGCUGAGGUUCCAUUUCACGCAGUUCAAUUUGAGACGCUGAAACUCAUCUUCAAAUGCGUUUCCGAGUGCCCUGGAACAGUGUCAUCUUCUCAAUUGGAGGAACUAGUUCUUGUCUUGACGAGGAUGCUUAAAAAACAUUCUGAUGGGGAGAUGGGAGUGCUCCCUGAGACAUUUAUAAUGGCGUGCUCAGUUUUCGUAGCUCUCAUAAGAUCCCCGUCUGGUCAAGGAGUUCUUGAUUUGUCAAAACCAAUUGAAGAAGCAACAAAACAUGCCACUGUAACUUGCCUUUACGUACCUGAAAGGAAUACCGAACAAAUUUUGCACUUGUUGUACCUACUUAAAGAGGCAUAUGCAUACAGUCAAGAAGGAAACUCCUCCAACUCAAAUAAACUGAAACUUAGAAGCUGUAUUCUAGAUAUAUGCAAAACACAUUUACUUCCUUGGCUUUUAACAGAUGUUAACGAAAUGGAAGAGGAAACAGUCCUGGGAUUGCUGGAAACUUUUCAUUCUAUAUUGCUUCUUCACGCAAAUGCCAAUGCCUCGGAAUUUGCGGACACCAUGAUGUCAUUGUGUUGGUUCAGCUUCUCAUAUGGAUGCCUGGGCUUGUUUCCAGCACAUAAGAUGAAAUACAGAAUAUAUUUAGUACUCAGCUCUCUUGUGGAUGUUCUUCUAGGUGAUGAUUCUGGGCACACAAUUAGAGAUGCUGCUUUACAUUUGCCUUCUGAUCCUAUCGAUUUACUGUAUCUACUUGGUCAAAGGAGUACUAAGAGUUCAGAAUUAGCAUCUUGCCAAUCUGCUGUUUUGUUGAUUUUAUACACCAGUUCAUUAUAUGAUGAAAGACUAGCGGAUGAGAAGUUGGUGUUAACAUCUCUUGAACAAUAUGUUCUUGUUAAUAGGAGUGAUGUUUUGGACGGAACUACUGAUGAUUUGACAGUGAUUCGACUGGUAAAUCUGUACAGUUUGUUCAGGGGCCUCGGCAGGAUGAGCUGCCCCGUUCCCUACAGUCGAGAAGCUCAAGGAAUUCUAUUCCAACUCAUAAAUGAAGGUGGAUGGGACUUACUUUCCGCAAGAAUUCACUCAGUAUCGUUGAAGUGGUUGUUUCAGCAAGAGAAUUUGCUCAAAUCAUUGUGUCUUGAGAUUUUGAAAUUCUGCAGAAGGUAUAGCUCAGAAGAGACUGACGCAAUGAUCUAUGGAGCUCAUAAUCAAACUGUAGACGUACAGAUACUAGCUGAGUUAGUAUCCUCAGGGGACAACUGUGGAGCAAGACUCUUUUUAUGCUUAUUGGCCCAACUCUUUGAGGAAGAACGCCCUGAACAUGACAUAAUUUCUGUUCUAAAUCUUCUAACAACUAUUGUUCGCGCCUGUCCCGCUGCUUCUGAUCAACUCUGUUUGCAUGGAUUAGGGACAGCAAUCAGGACGCUUUGUUAUUCUAGUCGUACCUUCUCGUUGGCAAUUUUUAUGUCUGUCUUGGUUCUGGUUUUCAACAUUUUGGGUUCAGCGCACUCUGAAACAAUUUCUGCCGAUCAGUGUUGGGUUGCUGUGACCAUGAAGGUGACAGAGUACUGUUCUCCAAUAGAAACUGGUGGUAUCUUAACAAGUGAAAGUCUCUUUGUACUUGGAAUUCUUUCCUUGAUUUUGCAUCACUCUACUAAUAACAAAGCACUUGAAGAAGCUUCGAAGUUCAUUCUUUUUAAUACUUCUAUGGUUUCUUUGGUGGACACCGUUGUCCGCGCAGCUUCUUCAAAGGGACCUGCUUUACUUGACUAUGAUGAGGAAACAAGCGGCGGUGAAACUCUAGCAUCUGUUCUUUUACUUAAUUACUUCGCUCUUAGAAGUUUGCAUGCUACCCUAGCGCGAGUCGUGGAUUGGCAGAACUUCCUUGUUGCAACGAAUCCAACAGAGUCUCUCGCCUUCAUUAGCAUUCGUUGCCAUGACCUGUGCAGACUUUUACAUUUUGGUUCUCUGGUGGUCAAGAUAGUUGCUUCCUAUAGCCUGUUAGAGUUGUUUGCCAGAAUAUCGGACCAGAUAAACAGUAAACACGAAGAGUUAAUAUGUUCGACUGGGUAUCUCAUGUCUAUAAGGAGUACUCUGGAAGGCCUAGUUUCUUACAAUGACAUGAGAGUAGCUACAAAUUGUGCCCUUUGCCUGUCAAUGAUUAUGGAAUGGGAAGAGCAGGCAAAGGAAAAAGUACCAUUUAAAAAGAGCGGUUGGUGUAGGUUUAUUGUGGAAGAGAUGACAGUAUCAUUGGCAACUCCUUGUUUGACAUCUCAAUCAUUCAUUAACAGUCAAAGGCCUGCCGUACUUGUCGCUAUUGCAUUGCUGAAAUUGCGUGAAAUUCCUGAGUGGAUGAGAUCUAUAUUCAGUGACUCGUGCAUAUCCGGCGUGCUAAAGAACCUUGGUGCUAGUAACUUGAGCAGGGAGAUGGUGGUUUUAUUCCGAGAACUACUCAAAUCUGACUUCUUGAAUUCGGAUCACAUUGCGACCAUAAAUCAAGUUCUCCAGGCAUGCAGAAAGCGUUUGUCCGUUAAUGAUGGUCAAGAUGGUCUGCCACUUGAACCAGGAAAGGCGCGCGCAGCGACAUAUGGCACGGAAGAAGUUUGUGGAUAUUUAAUUGAGUUAAUGUCAUCAGAAAUGUGUCUAGACACGGGUUCUUGGGGAUUUCAUUUGGGUAAUAACAAACUCGUAGAAGAAAUUGAGCUUUUUUUUAGGACAUUAAUUGUGGAUGAUAAUAGGAGCCGGUUGCUCAAUGUAGAUAACAGUGAAGGGCUUCAUAAUUUUACUUAAUUUUAAAGGAGGUGCAUGUAUAUCGCUCAAAAACGCAAAC